ACUACUCUUUCUUUAACUGGGCACAGGCCGCGGCGCAACCUCUCCUCAUUCUCCUACAAGCGGCUGGGACGACAACAACUUCUCUUUCUUUAACUGGGCACAGGCCGCGGCGCAACCUCUCCUCAUUCUCCUACAAGCGGCUGGGACGACAGCAACACCCACUCCUCCGCCAACCGGGCGCAGGCCGCGGCGCUCCUGCUGUUCUCACCAGCCAGCAAAGGAAGAAGCCCCAAUCUCCAUCUGUAUGGGAAUCUUUUGAAUCCACGCUGAAUUUACCUUGUCCAACGUUACAUACGCGGUGGUGGUAACCGAAAUGCCAGCUUCCGAAUAGCUCAAUAUAUUUUUUUGGGCAAGGUGUUGCAACAUUCAGCCAAGGACAACGGGGAAUAACCUUGCUCUCUCCAGGACAGGAUGGCCGGUUACCUUUUCUCUAAGCUGGGAAGAGUUAUUGUCAGACCAUGGCAUUCAGCAUUUCCGGGGGUUCACCGAAGACCUUCAAGAUCUUUCAGUAUAGAAAUUGCCUUGGAUAAUACAACAGCUAAAGGCAGCUUUUAUGCACCACUACAGACGUUCACAGAAGAAGAGACUAUGAUGAAAGAAACAGUUGCCAAGUUUGCUCAGGAGCGAAUAGCACCACUGGUCCACAAAAUGGAUGAGCAGUCUCAAAUGGAUGAAUCUAUCAUUUCAGGACUGUUUGAACAAGGGUUGAUGGGAAUUGAAAUUCCGGAAAAAUAUGGUGGAUCAGAAUCAACGUUCUUUUCGUCUCUGCUUGUGAUUGAAGAGUUGGCCAAAGUGGACCCAUCGGUAGCAGUCGUUUGUGAUGUACAGAACACUUUAAUCAACACACUAUUGAUGAAAUGUGGAACAGAAGAACAAAAAAGAAAAUAUCUACCUCGACUUGCUAAAGAUAUGGUUGGCAGUUUCUGUCUUUCAGAAGUUGAUUCUGGAAGUGAUGCAUUCUCUUUAAAGACUACUGCAGUGAAACAUAAAGAUUAUUAUGUCAUCAAUGGUUCCAAGAUGUGGAUUAGUAAUGCUGAUUAUGCUGGAAUAUUUCUAGUCAUGGCAAACGCAAACCCCUCAUCUGGCUAUAGAGGAAUCACCUGCUUCAUAGUAGAUAAAGAUACUGAAGGUCUCCAUGUGGGGAAGAAAGAAAAUAAACUUGGAAUUCGAGCGUCUUCCACCUGUCCUGUUAAUUUUGAGAAUGUCAAGGUUCCAGAGAGUAAUAUUUUAGGUCAACUGGGUCAUGGGUACAAGUAUGCAAUUGGAAUGCUGAAUGGAGGCAGGAUUGGAAUUGCUGGACAGAUGCUUGGAUUGGCACAGGGCUGCUUUGAUAGCACCAUUCCUUACUUGAAGCAGCGAAUGCAGUUUGGCAAAAGAAUAUAUGAUUUCCAGGGCAUGCAACACCAGGUCUCACAGAUUGCCACCCAGUUGGAAGCUGCACGGUUGCUUACAUACAACGCUGCCCGACUGAAGGAAGCUGGGAGAUCCUUUAUUAAAGAAGCAUGUAUGGCAAAAUAUUACACUUCUGAGGUAGCAGCCAUUACUUCUGCAAAAUGUAUUGAAUGGAUGGGAGGAGUUGGCUUUACAAAAGAUUAUCCCAUAGAAAAAUACUAUCGAGAUUGUAAAAUAGGUUCAAUAUAUGAAGGAACCUCAAAUAUUCAACUGAACACAAUUGCAAAAUUGAUAGAUCAAGAAUAUUAAUGUUGCAGCAUAACAUCAACAGCUACAUUGAUCCCAAUGUAAUGUAAUACAGACACAAAACAGUUAUUGUAGAUCAACAAACUGUUUUCAAAUAGUUGCCUUCCAUCUUACAUACUUUACAAUAAAGCUUCAGGUGGCAUAAUCAUAUGCCAUUUAACAUAGACAAAAAUGCUGGAGAAAGGUGAGGCAGUAUCUAUGGAGCGAAGGAAAUAGGCAACGUUUCGGGUCGAAACCCUUCAGUCUGAAACAUUGCCUAUUUCUGUUGCUCCAUAGAUGCUGCCUCACCCGCUGAGCUUCUCCAGCAUUUUUGUCUACCUUCGAUUUUCCAGCAUCUGCAGUUCCUUCUUAAACAUCAUUUAGUUGGGUUGAACAUAUUUUUGCAAUCCUCGUAUUGUUUUUGGUGGCAGUAAAUUUAAAUCUUGUUCUUGUAUGUUUAUGAAAUAAUUAUUCUGCAAGAUAUCUUUGGUAAACAUUGUGAACUCUAGUAUAUCUGUACUGAUGAAACACAACUUGUAAAAGCAGCAUUUAGAAUUAUUGGAAAAGCAUUAAUUUAUUGUGUCAUCCAUGUUUAACUAUUCCCAAAAUGAAAUUAUUUUUGUGGUUAUUUGUUUCUAACAUCCUUGGCAAAUUGAAACUGAUUGCAGUCUUCAUUUUAUGGUUUUCCAUCUGUGUGUUAAACUUGUCAGUACUUUUCAUAGAGUGAUUCAGUGUGGAAACAUGCCCUUCGGCACAACUUGCCCACACCAGCCAGCAUGUCCCAGCUACACUAGUCCCACUUGCCUGUGUUUGGCCCAUAUCCCUCCAAACCUGUCCUAUCCUUGAAUCUGUCUAACAGUUUCUUAAAGUUUUGGAUAGUCCCUGCCUCAACUACCUCCUCUGCCAGCUUGUUCCAUAUACCCACCUCCCUUUAUAUGAAAAAGUUACCCUUCAGAUUCCUGUUAAAUCUUUUCCCCUUCAUCUUAAACCUAUGUCCUCUGGUCCUCGAUUCACCUACUCUGGACAAGAGACUGUGCAUCUGCCUGAUCUAUUCCUCUCAUAAUUGUAUACACCUCUAUAAGAUCGCCCAUCAUCCUCCUGCACUCCAAGGAAUAGUCCCAGUCUACUUAACCUCUCCUUAUAGCUCAGACCCUCUAAGCCUGGCAGCAUCCGCGUAAAUCUUCUUAUACUCUUUCCAGUUUGACAACAUCUAUCCUACAACAUGGUGCCCAGAACUGAACACAAUACUUUAAAUAAGGCCUCACCAACAUCUUAUACAACUGCAUCAUGACCUCCCGACUCAUAUUCAAUACUCUGACUGAUAAAUUUAUUAUUCCUAAUAAAUAAUAAAAUAAACGCACACUUUUGGGUUCAAUUAAAUGAUUUUUUUUUUUGCUAAUUGGAUCAGUAACCAGAGGUUAGUGAUUCAAAAUAAUUGGCAAAAAGAACUCAGUGAAUUAAUGCAAAAUAUUUUCAUGCAAUGUUAUUAUCUGGAAUAUAUUGCCGGAGUGUGGUGGAAUCAGAUUACAUAUAACCUUUCAACAGAUUUAGUUUUUGCAGUGAACUAAUUUUCAGGCAUCUUGAUUAAAACGUUGGAAUGUGAAAUUAAUCUGAAUAGCUCUGUCAAAAAGUGAGCAGAGAUACGAUAUGCUGUUCUAUAAGAUUUUGUGCUGAUAAAUUAAACUCCUUAAUACUG